GAAGAUUUUCCCCGAAAAUCCUCCGCCGGCGCCCGUUCCGUCCGAUCGCGGCGGUGAAAUUACUCCCGUCGGCGGCGACGGCGGGGGUGGUUCCGGGAAUUUAGGGCUCAGUUUGGAGACCUCGAAGGAAGCUAAUUCUCGAUCGGACGCGUCUUCGAAAGCCAGAGCAGCAGCAGCAUCAGCAAGUGGGAUGACAAAACUUGUACUGUACAUGCUUGGGAAGAGGGUGUUAAAAAAUCCAAAUACCUAUGCCAGCUUAUUCGGCGUCGUUUGGUCUUUAAYAUCAUUCAAAUAUGGCAUAAAAAUGCCAACAUUGAUGCACAAAUGCAUAUCAAUGUUAUCAGACACAGGCUUGGCUCUCUCCAUGUUCAGUUUGGGCACUUUCAUGGCCGUGCAGCCGAACAUCAUCGCUUGUUCAAUGUCACAGGCUGCCACCGCCAUGGCUGCUCGGUUCCUCAUUAGCCCCAUGCUCGUUGCUGCCAUUUCCAUGCUCGUUGGCCUCCAUGGGAUUGUCUUGCACACCGCUAUUAUUCAGGCGGCUUUUCCUCAAGGGGUUCUUUCAUUCGUAUUGGCUAAGGAAUACAAUGUUCAUCCAAAUGUACUCAGCACCUCGGUGGUUGUUGGAAUGUUGAUUGCCUUCCCAAUAAUUCUGAUGUAUUAUAUGCUUCUGGGGGCCAUUUGGAAAUAAGGCAAACUAGAAGUCCUGAAGAGUAAAAAGUGGAAAAUUUUGGGGCAGAAUUUAGAAAGCAUCUUCAAUUGUGUUUAUAGGUAUACAAAAAUUACACACAYAUAUUAGAGGAUGGUUUUCAUUGUCUUUGUAGGUUUUGUUUAAUUUCAUUGAGAUGUUUUAUUUUGAGUUGUAUUUUUUAAUUUAUAAGGUUGUAAUUAUGUAUUUGUGUGAUUUCUAGGRUGUGUCUUGUUUCAAAUUCCG